AAUCCGAAACGCUGGGGGUGGUGAUAGGGACUGUUUGCUACAGUCGGCACGGCACUCGUGUGGCUUCGCUAUCGAUCCCUUGACACCGCUUGUUUUCUAGGUCUCUCUAUUCCCUCGCCGAAUCUCCGCCGCCGGUAAUAUCUCCCGCCAAAUCUGUUGACAUGAAGCUCACCGUCAAGACUCUCAAGGGCCGUCAUUUCGAAAUUAGGGUUCAGCCCUCCGACACGAUAAUGGCGGUGAAGAAGAACAUUGAAGAUUCGCAAGGAAAAGAUAAUUACCCUUGUGGGCAGCAGUUGCUGAUUCACAAUGGGAAGGUUUUGAAAGAUGAAACUACAUUGGCGGAGAAUAAGGUCACUGAGGAAGGUUUCCUCGUCGUCAUGCUUAGCAAGAGCAAAACUGCCGGGUCAGCUGGAACCUCUUCUGCUCAGCCUGCUUAUACUGCUUCUUCUACCAAGCCUGCAGCUCCACCAGCAAGCCAGCCUACAUCUGUACCAGCUUUGAAUCCUACUCCUGCUCAGGAACAAACAGCGGCUCCAACUGACACCUAUGGUCAAGCUGCUUCAACUUUAGUUAGUGGUAGUAAUCUUGAGCAAAUGGUACAACAAAUAAUGGAAAUGGGUGGCGGUAGCUGGGAUAAAGAGACAGUUACUCGUGCCCUUCGUGCUGCUUACAACAACCCUGAGAGAGCAGUCGAUUACCUGUACUCUGGAAUUCCUGAAACGGCUGAGGUAGCUGUGCCAGUGGCUGGAUCAGCUGCAGCCCCUGUUGCUCCUCCCUCUGGAGGGCCUAAUGCAUCCCCUUUGAAUAUGUUUCCUCAGGAAGCGGUUUCUGCUGCCGGAGUUGGUGAUCUUGGAACACUUGAAUUUCUUAGAAACAAUGACCAGUUCCAACAAUUGCGCUCCAUGGUUCAUUCAAAUCCUCAAAUUCUUCAGCCCAUGCUUCAGGAGCUCGGAAAGCAGAAUCCCCAACUUCUCAGACUAAUUCAAGAGAACCAGGCAGAGUUUCUUCAGUUGCUAAACGAGCCCUAUGAAGGGUCUGAUGGGGAUGCAGAUAUUUUCGAUCAACAAGAGCAAGAAAUGCCUCACGCCAUUAAUGUCACCCCUGCAGAACAAGAAUCGAUUCAACGGCUCGAAGCAAUGGGAUUUGAUAGAGCCCUAGUAAUCGAAGCCUUCCUUGCUUGUGACCGCAACGAGGAACUGGCAGCCAAUUACCUCCUCGAAAACUCUGGAGAUUUUGAGGACUGAGUGAGUGCUCCUGUCUAAGAAAAACAAGUUUUGGCCCUUUUAGCCGAGAACCCGUUCAUUUACUCCAGUCGGGUCAAGCUCCACUCCGGUUAAACAUUAUAUUUCCGUCUCUCCACGUUUCAUGGUACGUUUUUAUCUUUCGAGAAUGAUGUGUGUUAUCGGUUUCUGGUUAUAGGCUUUGCGAAAUUCUCAUUGUUUUCCCCCAUUGGACCCGCUUUUCUUUCCGAUAUUUUACUUCCGAAUUCAUGAGAAUCUAACAGGUUGGCUGUGUAUCCGUGAACAUUUAUUAUGGUUGUGAUUUUUAUGUCUAAAAGGAGCGAGAGAAAAAGUGUCGGAUCACAUUA